AUGAAUAAUAUUAUUUUAAUAUUUUUAUUUUUUAUAUUAUUUUUUAAUAUUUCUUUAUCAUAUGAAGAAAUAAACUUAAAUGAUGAAAAUAUUAACUAUAUAAAAGGAUAUUUUAAAUAUGAAAUUAUUGAAGGUUCAAAUAAAAUUCAAUUUAAAAAAUUAAGUUAUUCAAAUAAUAAAUAUAUUAUUAAAAAAGAAUCAAUAAAAAUUUUAGAAAAAGGAUUGAAUUUUCAAUAUUUAAUUGAAAAUGAAAAAACAUCAAUUAUUAAAGCAAAUAUAAAGAAUUGCUGUCCCCAUUUUAAUUUUAAUAAUUGUUUAAUUGAAAUUUUUGAAAUUUAUCAACCAAUACCAAAUGGAAAUCAACCUAUAACUAUUAACAAUUCAAACUCAUUUCAAUAUUAUAAAUUUAAAUAUAAUGAAUAUAAUAUUGGAAAAAAUAUUAAAAAAUUUAAAUCAAUACGUACAAAUGAAUUAAUAUCAUUAGAUUUUAAUUCAAUUAAAUCACCAUAUAGAAAUUUACCAGGAUUUGAUAAUAAAUGGUACGAUUCUGAUAUUGGGUUAAACAAUACAAUUUAUAUAUUUAAUUUGAAAUCUCAUGGUAAUUACAAUGAACCAAAUAAGUAUAACCAUAUUUACUAUAAUCAAAUUUUACAUUUAAUUUAUUCAAAAGUUGAAUUCUGCUAUUCUCAAUUCCCAGAACCAACAAGUUUUGACCGACGAUAUUUCAUAGUUAAAAGAAAUAGAAUUGAUAACACUACCAAAUGCUCCCCUCCAACCGGUGUUGUAAUAUCAAUAAGUUGUAACUAUACGCCAAUUCCUCAAUGUCAAUAUGGUCUAUCUCUAAUCACUUAUAAUGAUCCAAUUUUAUAUUGUCCAAUUUAUUCAUGUGAUUUACCAAUUUAUUAUUAUAAAUAA